AGAAACCUUUUGUGCAUGCAAACGUAUGUAUCCUGAAUGUUGUCUCCGCCCUGGACUUCACGCCCUCCCCAGAACCUCUCAAUGAAAAUCCUCAAAAGCCUGGUGGUUGAGCAGUGAGCGGGAAGUUUGGUGUGGGUUUUUGCAAACACGUCGGGGACGCUUUGGCACGGACGCAGGGCGCACGACACUUGGACUUUGAUGCAAGGGGUUCAAAAACGCGAAGGAGACAGAAGAUGAACACGAACGAGAAGAAUGAGCUGCACGCGGCGAUUAUUGUUCCCAAAGGGUCUGCCCAGGGGCCGAAACAGAUGGAGGACAGGGGUCACUGGGGGACCAAAGCCGAGUUCAUCCUCACCGUGAUGGGAGCAAUCAUCGGGCCCGGGAAUGUGUGGAGAUUUCCCUACCUGUGCUACAGAAACGGAGGAGGUGUCUUUUUCAUCCCUUACAUUUUGUUCAUAAUCACCUGUGGAAUACCUCUGUUCUUCCUGGAGACAGCCCUGGGUCAGUUCACCAGCCAGGGGGGCAUUACAUGCUGGAGGAAAAUUUGUCCACUUUUCCAAGGAAUGGGCUAUGCCAGUCACUUAAUCAUCACAUUUGGCGCCACCUCCUACAUCAUGAUCCUCACAUGGUCUUUCUUCUACCUGUUCUCCUCCUUCAGUGCAGAGCUGCCUUGGGCCUCAUGUGGAAACGAGUGGAACACAGACUCUUGCUUUGACAGCAGACUGAAUGCCAGCAAGUUCAAACUGAACAGUACUCUUCCAGUUGUGGAGUUCUGGCAACGUCGAGUUUUGAAGGUCUCAAGUGGCAUUGAGGAGGUGGGCAGCUUGAGGUGGGAGCUGGUCUUAUGUCUCAUCUUGAGCUGGGUCAUCUGCUACUUCUGCAUCUGGAAGGGAAUCAAGUCGACUGGAAAGGCAGCCUACUUCACAGCCACAUUCCCCUUCCUCAUCUUGUUUAUUUUGCUCAUACGCGGUGUUACCCUGCCAGGGGCAAUAGAUGGGAUCAUCUACUACCUCUACCCAGACAUUUCUCGCCUGUCAGAUCCUCAGGUGUGGAUGGAUGCUGGCACUCAGAUCUUUUUCUCAUAUGCCAUCGGUCUCAGUUUCCUCACUUCUCUGGGGAGUUAUAAUCAUUACAACAAUAACUGUUACAGAGACUGUUUCUACUUAUGUUUGCUGAACAGCGCCACCAGCAUCAUGGCCGGUUUUGCCAUUUUCUCUGUUCUUGGAUUUAUGACAUAUGAGCAAGGCGUGGACAUUUCAGAAGUGGCAGAAUCAGGCCCAGGCUUGGCGUUCAUUGUCUUCCCACGUGCUGUAGCCGUGAUGCCUAUGCCUCAGGUGUGGGCAGUGUGUUUCUUCCUUAUGAUCAUCCUGCUUGGACUGGACAGUCAGUUUGUUGGCAUGGAGUGCGUCAUGACAUCACUGGUUGAUCAUUUCCCCAAUUACCUGCAACGAGGCUACCGGCGUGAGAUCGCUCUGCUUGUCAUCUGCUGUUUCUGCUGCCUGCUGGGACUCCCCAUGGUCACUGAGGGGGGUAUUUACCUCCUUCAGUUGUUGGACCAUCAUGUCUGCAGUGGAACCACUCUGCUGCUCCUCUCCUUCUGUGAGUCCAUCAGCAUCGGAUGGGUCUAUGGUGCAGACCGUUUCUACAACGACAUCUCCAACAUGAUUGGCUAUCGCCCACAUGUAUUCAUGAAGUACAGCUGGAAAUACAUCACCCCCUUUGUCUGCUUUGGGACCUUCAUCUUCUCCAUUGUGAAAUAUUCUCCACUGAAGUUCAGCAACACUUAUGUUUAUCCACUGUGGGCCAACCUAUUGGGUUGGUUCAUUGCCAUAGUUUCCCUGUCACUCAUCCCGCUAUUUGUGCUAGUCAAAGUUAUCCAGGGAGAAGGUUCUCUUUGGCAGCGUUUGCUUCUGCUCUGCCAACCUGAGUCUGACCUGGAUCGUCCACAACCACCUUCUGGUCAGGGAAGCAUUAGCUCCUGCUCUCAGACGGAGCUUAAGCCCCUAACCCAAAAUGGGGAACUCUCACACCUUCAACAGUUUAACUGUACAGUGGAUAGUUGUGCUGUAAACUAGUUCUGGUGUCAGCGGUUGUAAACUGCUGUUUUCCUUCAAACAGAAAAAUCUUUUGUGAGACAAGGAAUUUUCUACAAAGACAAAGAAUUUAUCUGAAGUCUUUGCAACCUUCCUGUCCUGUGUUAAUUAAAAGUUGAGUUUUAUAUACCUUUUUUAAAAUAUGUAUGAUUGAAUUUUGGGGAACUCUUAGAUAUAGAAGGUUUCCAUAUCCACAUUUGUCAUGGCUAUAUAUAUUAGAAAAAAAACAAUGAAUAUUACAGUUUAUCAUUGGGUCGCACAAAAAAAAAGGGAUUUGAAAUGUUCCCUCCUGCCCCUCACAUUCUUCUUUAUGAUUCCUCGUGGUAACAGUAAACACAGGACUGAAUAAAAGUUGAAUGAAAAUCAGCAAGUGAAAAGGCUUGAGUUAAAAACAAAAGUAAGAAAAUGUCAGAAAUCAGUGAAGAUUAAAUUGUGGAGUCUGGGCCCACUGUAAUACUAUAUUCUGGCAUUGAGUUGCUUCACAGUGAAGCAGUUUAUCAAUUUUUACAAAAUGCAUUGUGGGAAAAUCUGUAAUUCCAACAACUUUACUAAUAACAUUAAAUAGUAUCAUAUGUUGUAAUCAAUAUAAAUAAAGUUUAGCCUAAAUUACAAAAGGGGUUUACACAAAUACACUCCUAGUGUGUUAGGAGAUCCAGAACCCCCUGUUGUAAGAGUAAAAUCUGUCCAACAAAAGAGGCCUUCAGCUUCUAUCUGUGUGCUCAGCUGUUGAACAGGACAAGUAAAAAAAAAAAAAAAUAGUAUCAUAUUUUUAUCUAAUAUACUACAUUUGAUACAGGGAAAUUCCAACUAAAUGGUUCCUAAACGUGGCAGAAACUGAUCCUCCGGGAAUUAAAUGGCAGAACACGUUGUGCACUUGAUGUAAACACACAACAAUAAAGAACUGAGAAUCUGCACGUUGACAAAGAACAUAAUUAUGAAAGUACUACUUAAAAUAAUCCUGGCUUAAUGUGAGACACUGAGUGAGAAUUCAGUGUGACGGGUUUCCUGUUUGUUAUCCUUUUAUAAGCACUCAAGUUCAGACACAUCAUGAGUGGAAAGAGGUUUCUCUCAUGAUUUGGUGUCCUUUCUGAACAAGAGCAGACGUAAUUGAGAAACCAGUAGAAUGGACAGUAGGAUUAAAAAUACUAACUUUUCUACCACCAUUCAAGCCAGUGUGGUUGUAAACAGCCAGACAGACUUACUGUAUGGCUUUAAGCACAUUCCUGUACAUGCAGCCUUUGAUCUGUGAUCAAGAACAGAAAGCUAACAAGUUCUCACUUUCACACAGCAGUCAAACACAUCAGUUCAUGACUUGGGGCAAACUGCAAAUCCUUGUUAUCUGCUGAGCAGUCACGUCUCCCCCUGUGGUUUAACAUGUGCAAGCUCUUUCCAAAGCUGUCAGCCUCCUUCCCUUUAACUUCCAGCCUCUCCUGUGUCUUCCGGGCUUGAGCAAAGUUGACACAGAGGCUUCUGAGCAGCAUUCCACGUUAACAGUAUCCCAAACACGCCCAGGAUGGUUAGCAAUUACUCACACAAGGUGUGAAGACAUUUUCCAAGCACUUAAACUUAUCUAAAGUGACUGUAAGAAUCCAUCACGUGCUGUAGAGCACAGCCUUGAGGUUUACAGAAGACUGCACACAAACUGUAUAUCACAUGUUACCAAUAAAUAGCUACUUUUUUUAUUGAUAUGUUAUGAGCUGCCUGGUAAUUGUUGACACCACUUUAGAUGAUUCUAUUUAAAUGACUUCUAAUGUGUCUUUUUAUGUUUGGGUGAGGGGUUCCAAUGCACUUUUGUAUCUACGUAUAAAACUGCUAUUAAUGUUCUUUAUGAAAGAAUGAAAGUUGUCUUUCAGCUUUAAUGCUGUAACUUUAUUAAAAAAGCAUUUACCAGAAA